CUUGCUUCCCUUUCGUUUUGUUGCUGCAACAAAUUUCAAGGCUUAUUCGUCGAUGACUACGAGCUGCUGGUUCUUAGUCUUCAUCAGGGUUUGUUGGCUGCCACUGGUGCUUGUGGCGGCCAAAGAGCAGCAAGGAUAUGGCUGCACAGCGGAGAGGUGCGGCAACCUCACCAUCUCCUCCUCACUCUGGCUUUCCGACUUGGAGACGGGGAGACCAUGCGGUCCCAGGGACUUCGAGGUCGCUUGCUCGAACAACACUCCAGUUCUCCGGAGCUCUCAAUCCACUACAUUUGCAAUCAUGAACAUCUCCUAUGAGGAACGCAGUUUGCAUGUCGUUGAUCUACACAAAGAGGAAGACUUCAACUGCCAUUUUCCGAGAUGGAACACCUCUGGCGAACUGGGACUCCUGUUUAAGGUCAGCCCUACUAACAUGAACCUCAUCUUCUACAACUGCACCAAAACGGCAACACAUCUGCAAAGGGUGCUGGUGGAGAUGAGUUGUGGGAAUGGGAGCAAUGCAUUUGUUCACGCGGGAGUACCUUACGACCCAACCAGGGUCUACGGCGGCUAUGCCUUGGAGGGCUGUGAUACUAUCAUCAUGCCGGUGCUGGGCUCGUUGAGCGAGGCGAAUGCGAGCGAGUACAAGAAGCUCAUCAGCGACGGUUUCCUCUUGACAUGAGCUUCACUCCCUCUCCCUGCACCUGCACGUAAGUUUACCCAUGAAAUCAUCUUUUAAUCAAAUUUGUAAUAAGCUUACUCGACAAAUCCUUUUGACAUGGGACCGAGUAGUGGACGCCUGGUAGUCAUCAAACUUAUUUAUCGAUUUGAGAAGAGCGUCUUUAAUGACCAACUUUUCUUAGCUUUAGAAAUUAGUCAUCAAACGUGGACCAAAAGUGCGCUACAAUU